GGGGCGCAUUUUAGUACAAUAUACGUUACUCUUUAACGAGAUACAAUAAAUUGUGUGCUGGUUGAGCAUAUUUUAUCGCAAGAGUGUUAUGUUUUUACUACGUCGCGGAAGGAUCUAAUUUUCUCAAGCGAGGGUCGACACAUCCGCCCAGUUUUCCGAUGUUUCAUUCCCCCCGAGUUGAAAAUGGAGUUCGAUUAAAGCAGAUGUCCACCAACUUCUCAAGGAAAUUUCAAGUCUACAUGCUUUUACUUUAAGCGUCAGUAUUAAUAUUGAAAACAGUUGAACCCUUUUUCGACUUUGGAUGCCUUUACUGCAAAUUACUCGGACACGUUGACGGAGCAACGCUCCACAGCGCUUUUUCAAGUGUUGUCCUGGACCUGAAGUUGGCGAAUGGAUGCUCGACAGCCAGCCACGAAUAACCUGCCAAACGUUACAGUCUGCAACAAUUUCUACAUUUUUUGAGGAUCUAUUCAUUUUUGCAAACCGGGGAGCUGUGUUUGUUGAAGAGGAUGGUGCCGAUGGCCCAUUUGUUGUGGUCGGAUUUUACUUCCAGGGAGGAUAAAAUGAAUCAACGGUUGUCAAUCCUCCUCGCUAUUUAACGUUAGUUCCAGCCAGCAAAGCUAACGUUAAGCUAGCUUCUCUUGGUUCUCACAGGGACGCUUAGUUAGGCAUGCCCCAUUGUACAUCGUUUACUUACCAUCCAAAAUAGGGGUCAUUUCUACAUGUGAAGGAAAAUGGUGAUAUUUGUGGUAUUUUAUCCCGCCGUCACUGCGUCGUCGAUGCUAUUGCUAGGAUUUGGAUCCCCGUGAGGAAAAAAAUGAGUGAAGAUUCAACAAAUCCAAACAACGAUGACAGUUAUGCGCGUGUGAGAGCAGUGGUCAUGACUCGGGAUGACUCCAGCGGUGGGUGGCUUCCCCUGGGGGGCGGAGGCCUUAGCUGUGUCACCGUCUAUAAGGUUAGCCGGGCGGAGGACAGCAGCAGCACCCACAGCGGAGGCAGCGGAGGAAGCAGCAGCAACCUCAGCCCCUGUAGCCCCAGUCCUAGUCCCAGUCCCAGCCCUAGUCCCAGCCCCACCGCUGUGGAGUUCCACAUCAAGGGCGAGAGGCUCAAAGACAAAUUGGUGGUGCUGGAGUGUGUCCUGCAGAAAGACCUAAUAUAUAACAAGGUCAACCCCAUCUUCCACCACUGGAGGAUCAACAACAAGAAGUUCGGACUGACUUUCCAGAGCCCUGCUGACGCCCGUGCCUUUGACCGGGGCAUACGUCGGGCCAUUGAGGACAUCAACCAAGGUUGUCGGUCGUUUGGGGAAGGGGAUACUCCCGAGGAUGGACUACCGGUGUGUGAUGAGCCUCCCUCUAUUUGUACCCCAAUGAAAGAGCCCUUCUCUCCGCUGAAUAAUGUCGUCUCCACCGAGCCAUUCAGGGGCUGCUACGUCCGCGCCCAGCCCUUCGACGAGUUCCCCUCCAGCAACCGCCGUUACCUGCCUCCACAGGUCUCCUUUAAGUCGACUCGUCAUGUCAGUUUUCACAUGGACGAAGAGGAGAUUGUUCGCAUCAACCCACGCAAAGAUGUGCUCAUCCGCGGCUAUGAGGACUAUCGCCACCCUGUCAUGUGGAAACAGGAGGCAGACCGCGAUGACCUGGACUUCCCCACCGCCUUCCACAAACUGGACAGUAAGAAGUGCGAGUACCUCUUCCCCGAUGGCCCGGGUGGGGACUCCCUCUCUGGCCCUGGUAUGGGCAUUGGAACAGGUAUGGGGCUAGGUCUGGGCAAGGACACAGCCAUCAAGACUCAGCCCUCGCCCCUGUUGAAGUCCAAGAAGGGCCGACGGCGGCGAGAGGACGGCGAGCGUUCACGCUGCAUCUACUGUCGGGAGAUGUUCAACCACGAAGACAACUGGCGGGGGCAGUGCCAAGACGCCCCCGACCCGAUCAAGCAGUGCAUCUACAAAGUCAGCUGCAUGCUGUGCGCCGAGAGCAUGCUGUACCACUGCAUGUCCGACUCUGAGGGCGACUUCUCAGACCCCUGCUCAUGUGACACAUCUGACGAGCAGUUCUGCCUGCGCUGGCUGGCCCUGGUGGCGCUUUCCUUCAUAGCGCCCUGCAUGUGCUGCUACCUGCCUCUGCGCGCCUGCCACCACUGUGGCGAGGCCUGCCGCUGCUGCGGGGGCAAGCACAAGGCCGCGGGGUGACCUGACGACGGACUCUGGGACACCCUCACAGCUAGCUAACACAGGAAGUGGAUAAAAGCGGAAAAUUAAAAGCCGGCAUCCUUUUUUCAUUCCCUCUCAGACGGGGUGAUAUGUUGUUGAUCCCCAGCUCUGAGGGCUUUUGGAGAUUUCAGUUUGUGUUUGUCGCCGACAAGCAGCGGUGGAGGACAAACCAUAUGCUUUGUGGGGGCUCUGAGCAUCAAGCUAAGUUCAGGAGCUUAAUCUGAGGAGAAGAGGAGGAGGAGGCAUCAAGAUUAAUAGACUUGGAGAUGUUACUAAACACACCUGUACACACACGCACACACACCUCUCUCUCACAUUCACACUCAUGCAUUGACAAAGCCAGGCCACAAAUGUCUGAACUCUACUACAAGUAAUGUGUAACUUUAUGAAGGUAAAUUGUCUUUUGUACAGAGAGCGACAACUUAAUGACAAAAAAAGAAAACAAAGCUAUUCUGCGUUCAGAAAAAAUACUUGCUGUUUGAGUAUGCUAAAAGGGAUAUGUUCUUGCUUUUUUGUGAAUUUGCAGUUGGGUAACAGUGGCCUUUCCUUCAUGGCUUAAGCAUUUGCUGACAAUGUAAUUACUAGACAGAGAAAAGUGCACUAGAAAUGGUACCCUCCCCCCCAAGAGUAAAGGUAACCCUUUCAAAUUCUUGUGGUACAUUAACCACCAUGUUUAGAGUAAUUUUAAAAUUUGAGAGACUUUGCGGUCUCUCAAAUGUUACGUUGUGGUGGAUGUAUGGCCAAUUCCUUGUUUUCCUUUCCAUCGAAUGUUGAAAGAAAUCAAAAAGUAACAGUUGUUUUUGAAGGUACAGCUUGGUAUAGCUUUUGACAUUCAUUUAGAAGAUGUUAAAAUGAUUACCUUGCUUUCCCGAGGUGAUUUAGACCAUUUGAUUGCAUUCCAAAAUAAAGGGAUUAAUUCCAUGAUUAGAAGGGAAAAAAUGGUAAUGACUUUACCAUGCUUCCCCAAAAUAGUUUUUUCCACAUCAUGAAAAUAGCAUUAGAACCUCUUGAACCAUUUAAAUUGAAACCAAUACAUGACAAUUUCAUUUACUCCAGUAAAUUUCAGUUUUAGUCCAGUUAUUUACUGCUGUAGUGAAAUUGUUUGGUGUUUUUGUUUCUUCAUUGUUAUUUUCCUGCUCAUUUUAUAAUUAUUUUUGAAACAAAGGCUGAAAUGUUGCUCAACCAGCAAGUUUUGUUUUGGUGAGUAAAGGGGUUACAGCUCCUUGGCUAAAUGAUGAGGCACUUAAAUUAGGCUGUUCUUUUACUGAGAACUCUGUACAUACAUUUGACUAAUUUAACAUCCUGUUUGGCAUGGGGGAAAACCCUCCUGAAAGCACUGCUCUCCAAGCUUUGGUUGCAGCACCCUCUCCAAAUUUCAAUGUUUGUCCCAUGAAUUAGUUCUUUUGUUUUAUUUGCCCCUCUUAUCCUGUGUAAAUGUAGUAUUUCGUUGUUCCUCAAAAGUUAAAGUCCACUCCUUCCGUGUGUCUUCAUUUAACAGGCCCUGAAUGAAUGAAUGCAUUGUUUCUGGAAUGCUGAGUAUCUUAGCUAUUACAAAACUUACAGAUCUUAUGUAUGUGUAUGUGUGCAUAGAUCUUCAUAUGCACUGUUGAUUUGAUGUCCUGUAAUGUCACCACUGACUAUGUGAUUAAGGCUUUGACUUUGACCUGUUUCCCGAAACAUCUUUGACAUUUUGAGAAAUUCACUUAUUUGCUUUCUUUUCGAGAAUUUGUUUGCUAGUUUGGCUCUCUCUAAAUGUAACAAAUUUUGCCUUCUAGCACCUCAAAAGUUCACUAAUUAUCAUGUUAUAUCUCAUUUGUUUAAUUCAUAUAAAAACCAAAGUGUAAAAAUGGCAAUUUUUGGUUUUACUUGGGGUUAUGUGUGGGACUAUUUCUUGGAUGGGCACAGUGACUUCCUGGAGUCCUGUCAUCACCAUGAGGUUGCCAUGCAAAAACUAUAGUUACAGUGCAUGGCCAAGAAAUAGUCCCACACAUAACCCCCAGUAAAACCACAGCGUGUUAAGUAGUGAGCUUUAGCGGUGCUGUUAGGUGGAUUUUGUAACCUUUGGACAGAGCCAGGCUAGCCGUUUCCCCUUGUUUCCAGUCCUAAUGCUAAGCUAAGCUAACCAGCUGCUGGCUCUACCUUCAUAUUUAAUGGAUAGAAACAAGAGUGGUAUCAAUCUUCUCAUCUAACCCUCAACAAGAAAGCAAACAAGCGUAAUGUCCCAAAAUGUCAAACUACUCCUUCAAGAUCCUUUGGGGAAAUGGGGACUAGGCAGACUGUACGCCAGAGUCUAGCUAUGUUUGAACCCCAUUUCCCACCCAAAAGAGUAGAUAAUUUUUAAAUUGAACAUGUCUUGCUCCCAAAACCAUUGUUGACUCAAACUAGUCUGAACAACAACACUUAGAUUAAAACAAACUCCCAACAGUAAUAACAGUUCAGUUUGGACGUCUGGCUGCAAUAACUGAAAUUAUCCCUAACUAAGGCAUUGUGCCGAGUGGCACUUUGGUCUCGACACGACUGGAUUACUGAAGAAACAUUUUCCUAAUUCCACCCUGACCAACGCUCCCUUUACUUUCUAUGCAAACUUUCUAAUGUGGGAAACACAUUGACCUCUCUGCAGACUGAGUCAGUGACGGGACAGGACACUUUAACGCUAUUUAGGCAGACGACCAACCCCUGGUACCAAACUCCAAACACAUGUAAAUACUUGACACUAUAUUUAAGUUCAAGAUAAUAAUCCCAGCUUUUUUUGUCUUUGAAAUUUUAAAGAUAGAGCUGUAUUUAUCGUUGCUGUCAGCAUAUACUGUAGCUUCAAUUGACAGCAUUAUGUACAUAGGUCACCUUUUAGUAUUAUUUCACAUUGAAAAGUAGAGGGCUUUUGUGAUGGAAAUGACUAUUGAGCUUCUAAUAGAGUUUCUCUCUAGUUUUGUACGGUAGAAGGAAGGAUAGUGCUAACAUGGUACAGUAGUGGCAGUCCACUUGUUUCAAAAGUUUGAUAUAUAAAUAUAUAUAUAUACAUACAUAUAAAGCUGCUAGAUACAAUCACUAAUUUUAUUGUGUUGACAGAGAAAAUCAGCUAUGAACGACUGUUAAACCCUAAUUCUCCAACAGCAUAUAACCAUGAUGGUGAGUUUUUAAAUGUUUGAUUGCUCUGUGUGAUGAAGUGGACACUUGUGCAUGUGUGUGGGUGCGCGAGUGUUGCUAUAUACGUGCGUUCUUGUGUGCCCAUGAGUGUGUGUACUGUAUGCGUGUUAGUUUCCAGCGCGCUGGGCACAUGGGAGAAGUUUGCCCUCAGGGCUUUCUGCCAGAAAGCCUUUCUGCCAGAAAGCCUUACUACUUGGUUAGGUUUAGGCACCAACACUACUUGGUUAGGUUGAGGGGAAAAAAGAACAGCAGAAAGCCUUUCUGCCAGAAAGCCCUGAAGGCAAACUUCUCCCACGUGUGCAUGCUGGCGGUGUGUGCGUGCGGGGUUGGUGUGUAACCAAAUGUUUGGUUGGUUGUCAUAUUCUCCCAUUGUAAUUGGAUUGCCCUGCAUUUAUUGCAAACUGAACCAAGGUUUGAUGAACCUGAUUAAAACUUGCUGGCUGAGAAGCAAAAUGUAGGACGUGCAUUUAUACAAAGUGUAGAGAAUGCUGAAAUAACACUUCUCAUUCUGCAUUAACCAGCACAGUGCAACUUCCUGUCAUGUACUGUAUUAUAUAUGCAACAUGUGUCUGUCUGCUUUAAUAUAUAUUUUUUUUUGACCUGCAUUAUAUAAGACUUCAGUUUUAACCACUUUGCUGCUAGUCUUUUAUCCUCUUUCAAUCUUGGAAAUUGUGCAUAUCUUUGGGAAUGCAUACAAGUGUACAUUCUUGACAUUGUGUAGAUUAAAAAAGAAAAAAACCUAUAUAAACCUGUUUCUCUUCAGUGUAUUGUUUUAAAAAGGUUACUUUUCACAGCAGUUGAGUGGUUAUGUUUCAAUUCUCCGAUGCUUUGGUGCACUGAUGAUACUCUAUGUAAGCUUUUUUUCAUCUUACAGCGCUUGAUGUAACAUUUGUGAUUAGUUCUAAAUAGUGGAAGACAUUUGUGUUUUGAAACUUGCAGUAUAAAUGGUACUACUCUUAACUAUUCUGUAAACACUGCCUGUUUUCUUUCUUUUUCUUUCAAUCUCUCUUUGUGCAUAUUUCUUUCCUGUGCAUCUUUUUUUUCCUUUAAGUUUCUUAGUGCCAUCGGCUUUCACAUCCUGACAACCUCAAAAAAGUGCCUCACGUCCAUCCUAGUUUCCAUUUUAUAAUUUAACAUCUCUCGUUCUGGUUCUAUUGGUUUCUACACGUCUAGGUAUUUCUUAUCAUGGUUCGAGAAUACCAAGUAUAUGAUGUAAAAUUUAUAGUCCCAAUAACAUGUCAUAGUUGUAUUUUCUUUAUACAGAUGUAGCUUGUUACUUUUCAUAAAUAUAUAAUGUAAAUAUGCAUACAUAUGUUUGUAACUGUUUUUAUGUUACAUCAUACACUUGUAAUUUGACAUAUCAAAUAACAUUAUCAUAAUAAAAUGGUGAGUUUUAA